AUGAGUGACGAUAACUUGGGGUUCCUGCCACCUGUCUACUUCCGUCCCAAAAAUCCAUUACCUUCGCCACCACCAUCCGCUAGAAAACCGGAGAGAUCGAAUUCCUAUUUUCGAUCACCUCGACCAAAAUUAAAUUAUUAUUCAAAUUACAGAAAGAGAAAUAAACAAAACAAAUCUUACGAAAAAUAUUCCAUCAGUCACAAUAAUAAUAAUUACGAAGAUAGUAUAGAAGAUAGUGAUGAUGAAUCUCGAAGAUAUGACGCAAACUUAACAAAUCAAAUUUCAUCGUCUACUUCAGCCAUGUCGAAAUGGAAUCAUCAAGAAGAUGACGAGGAUGAGGAAAAAAACAAGUCAAUAGGAAGGUUUCAAAGAUCUCUGAGUAGCUUUAUGUUCCGUAGUAAAUCGGUUGACACGUCGACUGCCACAUUCAUUCCUUACAAGCAGCAAGGUUGUGAAGUCGAGGAGACGAUCGCAAAUGAAGGCGAAGCUCAGCAUCGUCCUGGUCGCUUAGGUGGAUUUCAGAGGUCUUUGGCACGUAGUCAAUUUGGUGCUAAAUCUAUCGGGCCUGCAAACGAAGAACCUAUCUCGUCUUCCAAAUCUAAUAGGAUAAGCAAGAAAUCCAAUGAAUCCAUAUCCAUGAAAUGUGGAGGUUUUCAAAGAACUUUAAAAGACUAUCAAUUUGGUACCAAUUCUAACACCCGAAAGAUUAAUUCAAAUAAAGUCGAUCAAGUUGAUAAAAGGAAAAGGAUGGCUUCAGUCGGAAGAAUUAAAAUCAUAUCUUCAAGGGUACAAAAAAACCAAUCUCCAUCUGCCUCCGAUUCAGACGCAUAUGAUUCGUCGAGAAAUCCAUCACGCAAAAGAAUUCGACCCGAGAGUGAAAUGGACAAUAAUAUUCCUGGGCCCAUUGGACACCUUCCACCCAUGACUGGAUCUCGUGAAAAUGCUUUUAGUAUUGUAAUGGAAAAUUGCUGUAACCAGAGUUCCAUGCAUCCGGAACCUCUUAAAUUUUCUCGCAUUUCCGAAGACGAGUGGAUUGCUGUUCUGGACACUGUAUUUCUGCCCGAAGAGAUGGCCAAUGAGUCUAUCAAAUACACAAUAAGUGCAAUACACCAAAUGGUGGACUAUAAGAAAAGAAUUCCUGUCACAAUCGGGAGAGUCGCUAAGUUUGAUUCGACAAAAAGGAUUAUUACCGUAGAAGAUUGCACAGGCGAAAUUCAAGCCGUAAUUCAUGAGAAGGUCCUUCUGGUUUAUGGCCAUCAACUCAAAAUCGGGGCAAUCAUAGUUCUAACUAAUCUUGCAUUUCUACGUGUAGAAGGGAACAAUUAUCUCAAUAUAACGCUCGCCAACAUUCACUGGGUAUCAGGAUCUGAUCAAAACGAUACUCCUCAAUUAGUUAAUGAUAAAACCCCAACCUUCAAGUCUUCUCUGCGACCUGAUAACGAGAAGAACAGUCAAGUUUUCGUAUUUGAAAAGAGUGUUCAAGAAAAUUCGAGUAAUCAAGAAAAGCCUAAUGCCAGUGAUUCUGUAAAAUCAAAUGAAACUGAAAAGGCAAUAUCUCCUGACAAUGAAGACCUUAGUGGUUUAUGGUCUAAUUUGGAGGAUCCAGAAGACCUCUCGUGGAUGUUGGACGAUUUAGAAGGGCUAACAUAA